GUCGAUACAAAUAUUUUCGGGGGCUUCAGCCCGAUAGAUUUUUUUCUCAUAUAUAUAUGACGAUAAUUACUUUGGAAAUAAAAAGAAACUAAAUACCUAUACGAAAUGUUGCUUAAGUGAUGCUUAAAGUCUUAUUAAAUGUAAUUAAACGAACAAUAAUAUUUUUUUAAAUUGUUUCCAUAAAACCGAGUUAUAUUUUUGGGAGGAAAUAGGAAGAUCUUCAGCCCGAAAGAAACUCCCCUCCCCCAUGGAUCCGCCAGUAAGUCAAUGGAAUGUAUCCAAAACAUGUGUUGCUUCUCUUGUUGCUCGAGAAUACUGUAAUUACAUAUGUAAAAAAAAAAGAAAUAAGUAUCUGUAUUUGUUCUAAACAAACAUGAAGUCGAGACAAACGAACUGCUUUAUCACGAAAACAAAUACUGAGACUUUUAUUUAUGGUAUUAUUUAUGUAACAUUUUAUUUUAUAAACGUUUGAGGCCACUAUAUAUUAAAAAAAAAAAAUGCUUUUCUGUUAAGUUUUUUACUUUAUAUCGAACCGUAACCUAUUUCGCCAUCUCUUUUCGCGCACAACGACAUUGGACGUCUACUCAAGGUGCAGCGAAACGAUCGCCCUUGGCGACAGAAACUCAUUGUCGUGAGUUAGUGGAAGACAAAACCUUGUCAUCACUCGAAGUGGGGAGACACGUGAGGUCUGCGAUCCCAGUGGUAUAAGAUAUGGGUUCACAAUCGCUGUGAAUAUAAUCACGUGUUUCCGAUUUUGUAUUUAAUUUAAGGCGAGUUUAGUUUUUUUUUUGUUUUUUCUUCUGUCUCCUUCAAGUGAGAGUUGUGAUAAACAAUCUGACCUAUAUAAAUAACAAUAAAUCAUUCAGGACAUCUUAUCAAUGAGAUGACUGCAACAAGUGAUAUGUGUGUCUUGGUCCCUUUUUUUUUUCAUUAGUAUUUGUUUCACUAUUGUGAAGUGUAACACUAGAAAAAUGAUGGUACAAGAAGAGUUUUAUUUAAUUUAUUUUGUGUGUAAGUGAUGAAAAUAGAUUUUGUUUCAGUCUAUAUCGCAUUAUUAAUAAAAAUGGUUUCGCCGGCUAGAAUCCUGGCAAUAUUUCCGUUCAGUGCUCGCAGUCACUUCAACAUGUACGAGGUGCUUCUAGACGAACUACAUGAACGAGGGCAUCACCUCACUGUCAUAAGUCAUUUUCCUAAACAAUAUCCACUAGAAAGGUACAGAGACAUCAGUCUCGUAGGUGCUGCAAAGAGCUUGAAUGCCAAUAUGUCCUUAUCAGAUUUGUACAACUUUGGACUUUACGAAAAUCUUAAGCUCCUCAACGAACAGAUAGAUGAUUAUGUUCCUAUAUUUGAAGUACCUGAAGUGAAGGACUUGAUGGAUUCUGAAGCAACUUUUGAUCUAAUAAUUACGGAAAUAUUUAACAGUGAUGUGUUUUUAGGUUUCGUUCAUAAGUUCCGUUGUCCUUAUAUUAGUAUGAGCCCAUGCCCUCUGAUGCCAUGGGCUUACCAGAGAAUAGGCCUGCCUAUUAAGCCCUCUGUAAAACCGAUUGUAUUUUCUGAUAGAUCAUAUCCCAUGAGUUUAAUUGACAUAUCUCGAAAUACACUCGAUUGGAUAUUUGCGCUAUGUUAUUAUAAGUACGUGAUGAAUCCCAAGUCAGAAAGAAUAGCAAGGCAAUAUUUUGGAGAUAUACCUCCCCUGGAAGAGCUUGCUUCGAAAGUAAGCCUCAUCUUAACCAAUACUCAUUCUAGUCUUCAUCCGUCGAUGACACAUACAAAUAGAUUAAUUGAAGUAGGAGGAUUACACAUCAAACCAGCGAAGCCUCUUGAAAGUAGCUUGGAACAAUUUUUGAACGAUUCUGAGAAUGGAGUGAUAGUUUUCAGCAUGGGGAGCAUGUUCCGGGCAGAAACUUUGCCGAAAGAAAUUUUUAACUUGUUUCUGAAAGUAUUUUCCAACUUAAAACAAAAUGUAUUAUGGAAAUGGGAAUCGGGUACAACACCUAAUAUAACUAAUAUUAGAUUUAUGAAAUGGCUACCUCAGAGAGAUGUUUUAGCUCAUAGAAAUGUGAAGCUGUUCAUUUACCACGGAGGAUUAUUGGGUACCUCAGAAGCCAUUUACUGCGGCGUGCCGAUCCUCGGACUACCACAGUUCGGAGACAUGGGACAUAACAUUGCAUCCCUCGGGGAAGCAGGGAUGGCCAUGUCCCUAAAACAUUUGACCGAAAAGUCUCUGACCGAAGCAAUCACAACGAUGAUUGAAACACCAAAGUACAAAAAGAGGGCCAUGGAGCUUUCAGAACUAUAUCGUGACCGGCCUGAACACCCUCUCACGAGAGCAGCGUAUUGGGUAGAGUACGUGAUAAGGUACAAGGGCACAAAUCACUUUGUUCAAUCGCUACCACUCCAGAAAGAACUGGUAAUAAUACCAACUAUUGCCAUUGUUAUCAUUCUGAUUUUUUGUUGACAUUAUUAUUCCUGUCUUAAACCAAGAGCAUGUUAUCAAAGAAAAACAAUUAUAUCAAUGUAAUUUUAGUUUCAUAAAUGUUAAGAGUAUGUUCCUAGAUUAAAGAAUAUUUAUCCAAAACUUAAUUAUAAUCAUUUAAAGAAACACAACAAAUAACCUGAUAAACACAUGAUAAUAAUAAGUGUAGCAUAACUUUUUGCCUCUACAAAAUGAUAUAUAAAUGGGUAAAGGUAUAUUGAUCUUGGCAGAGACAAAAUUUAAUAUAAUAGUUCCUGGGUAUUCAUAAUCAUUUUCCAUUUAAUCUUGAAAUUAAAUUUAUUUCAGAGCAAAGAUUAUUUUAAAACUAUUUAUCGAGUGUUGGGGUACUAUUUAGUACCGAAACGAUCAGCUGAUAUUUUAUAAUCGCGAACCAUAUUCUAUAUAUAUCUAGGAGUAUAUGGUGAAGGACUAAAUAAUAGAAAAAUGAUGAAAUUAAGAAGCCAUCAUAAGAGAUCAAGCAUUAAAUACAUUUUCCGUUCCCAGCUGGUCAAUGGACUGAUUAUAAAUAGACCAAUAAGAUUUAAUGAUGAUGAACCUAUCUUAUGUCUUAGUCCUAGGUAGUCUUGGGAACUGCUAAUGGCUAAAUAUAAGAGUAGGAGUAAAUUACAGUAAAAUCGGAUUAUAAAAAUCUUUAAAGGACCAAGGAAAAUGUAUUGUUUUAACUGCAGCAAAAUUGUUAAAUCUACAAACAUAUAUUUGGAAUGUUUUCCAACAUGGAAUGUUUCACCUUUACAUCUAAAAGGUUUACCCGGUUUUAAUCAAUGAACCUGAAACUAUUAAAAAAUUGCUUCUCCUCAAACUUGAUGUUCAUUUAUUUUAAGAUUUUCUUUUCAAAGUCAGAUCCCUCACAAACAUUUCUUCAAUUUUUUCUCUAGAUUUUCAAAUUAUACAUAUAUUGUUAUAACUGGCAUGAAAAAAAAUUUUUUUUAUUAAAGCAUGGAUUGUUUUAUAUGGAAUACCAUUCUAUCUACUAUUGCUAUAAAAGAAUUUCACUGUAUUUAGCACAGACCAGAGAUAUGUUGCGUUUAUGUUAAAACCUGAAAAUGUAUUUAUCCAUUUUUAAAACAUUAACAUUAUAAAAGCAUAGUAAUGCUUUUUUUAGGCAUUAUAAUCAGCACAACUCUACAAUGAAGACACCAAAACUUUCCAUACACAGACAAAUUCUGUCAUUAUAUUGGGUUGUUCGGAAAAUAAUACAGGAUUUUGAUUUAAAAAGAAAAAUUUUUCAGUGUUUUAUUUAAUUAAAAUAGUCUCCACUACUAUCAAUACAUUUUUGCCAUGUUGGCAACUUUUCCAUCCCCUCGGAAUAAAAUUUCCCUUUUUUAAAAUUGAUAAACUCCAAAAAUGCAUUUUUUUAGUUCCCUUUAUC